ACUUGCUUCUUUCAAUUCCUAGGCGUCUUUCCCCUAUCCUAUUUUCUCUCUUCUUCUCAUAGAAACUGCUUCUCUGCUAAAGGAAUUGAACCAAAAAAAAAAAAAAAAAAAAAAUCAGUUACCUUAAAAUUUAACGAAGUUACGUCUUAUAACUUUGAUGGCACCUAGGGAUAAGACAGGUGGCGUUAAGGGGAACGGCAACCGUAACGGCGGCGUGAAAGAGGUGCAUUUUCGGGGAGUGAGGAAACGACCGUGGGGGAGAUACGCCGCCGAGAUCAGAGAUCCAGGCAAGAAGAGCCGCGUCUGGCUCGGCACCUUCGACACGGCGGAAGAGGCAGCGCGAGCCUAUGACGCCGCCGCCCGCGAUUUCCGUGGCCCUAAGGCCAAGACCAACUUCCCUCUCCUUUCUGAGAAUGUCAAGAACCAGAGCCCCAGCCAGAGCAGCACCGUUGAGUCCUCCAGCCGCGACCGCGACUCCGCCGCUGUCGUCGCUGAUUCGUCGCCGCUUGACCUCAACUUGGCCCCCGCCGUUGCCGGCUCCGUACGGUUCCCCUUCCAGCAUCAGUUCCCUCCGCCCGCCAUGGUAUUUCCCGGCAUGAUGCCGGCGGCGAACCAGGUUUUGUACUUCGAUGCUGUCCUGCGCGCCGGCAUGGUGGCUCACCGUCCGUACCAACAACGCUUCGGGUUCAACCAACCCGCGUUGGCGAGUGAGUUCCACGGAGCCCAAAGCGACUCGGAUUCAUCCUCGGUGAUCGAUCUGAACCACCAUGAAGGCAAUCAUGAGGGUGGUAGAGGCUUGGAUCUGGACCUUAACUACCCUCCUCCAGCUUGAACCAAAAUCUGACCAUUGGGUUUUAUUUUUUGUUUGCAUAUUGUCUGAUUUUGAAUUUCUCUUUAAUUUUAGAACUAGAGAAAAUAACAGCAUCUGAUAAAGAAAAAAGAAGAAGAAGGAAGUGCUGUGUGAAUACGUAGGCGAUUGUCUCUAUUUUUUGCGACAGAGAAACCACCGGUUUCAAUCUGUUGUUCCGUUUUACGAAACGAAAUUGUUCUCCGGUUAAUUUUUUUUUUCUUUUCUCUCGAGUACGUAAGAUGUAAUGUUUUGUUUUGCUGCCAGAAUUUCGUGCAAUGAAAUGAACACGGAUAGCUUGCUCUAUUUUUUAUUGUGUCC